AUGAACACAUCCGAAACUACGCCAACAGGACUUUCCAAUUCCGCGUCCAGCGAAGAACAACAACCAGUCAUGAGCCAGAUAAGAGAACCAACAACCCCGUCUUUGAAGAAGUCGUCCUCGUUCACGUCCCAUCCGUAUCCCCAAACCCCGGAACGAACGCCUCACCAACUAACCUCCGAAGAGACCCAUGAAACGCCCCUAUUGUCUCCAACUGCCCAAUUCAAUUCCACCACCCCGUCCAAACGGCGCAGCACAGACUUCUACAGCCUGCUAAAGUCUCCGGACCUUAAUAGAAACGACGAUUUGAAAAGACGCUCGCUGGAAUUGAACAAAAUUAUCAACAAGAGUCCGGAUAAACUUAACAACUACAUUUUCCACGACAAUGCGUUGAAAUCGCCCAAACGCCAGGCAGCAGCCACUUUCAGAGUCCACAAGAAGAACGACACAGAAAUAAAGGAAAUCUCGGAGAACCUCAAGACGAGGCUCAACUACGCAAACGUGAAAAUUCAGCACGGAUGGUCCGCAAAGUCGAUCUCCGAGCUCGAAAAGAACCUCGAGGAGGAGAAGUCUCGCAAAUUGCUCACAUCCAAGGACAAGGAACAACAUCAGGACUUUUGGAACCUGAAAAGCGACCAGCUCCCAACUUAUACACAGCCAGCUACCAGUCCAAGCCACAAGGCAAGUGCUCCAUCCACGCCGCGUCGGAAAACUUCGAGGCUCAAGCUGGACGAGGUGGCGAGUAAACAGGGCUCUGCUGAGUCGGCCUUGUACAAGGCCUUAUCUCCCGAACGUCCCAAGCUGAAGAUCGACUCUGCGCCGAUCCUGCCUCCUAUUAACAACCAUCACCGAUCCGCUUCCGACAGCAAGUUGGAGCAGGAAGCCAUCAUGUCUUUAAUUUCGCUCUCUUCGCCCGUCAAGUACUCCGGUUCGCAGUCUCCGUCGCCCCCUCGUCCUGUUGGACUUCAAAAGCCGCCCACUUUACAUUUUGAAAGACCACGACGCAGAGCAGAAGAAAGUACCGAUGAAGAAACAGAGCUCGAAGACGAAUCUUCUGCACGCAACCGGAUAUUUCGCUCUCCGCCAAGAAACGGUCUUAAAGGACUCGGCCUGAGUUCGCGGGUUGCUGCUGAUGACGACGAUAAAACGGCUAGUGACUAUUCAGAAUGA